AUGGAGAAAGUCCUUGCUCUGCUCUUGGUGGUCAUUGCAGUGGCCUACGCAGCUCCCGGCCCCAGGGGACUAAUUGUCAACCUGGAAGACGGAGAGAUCUGCAUGAACAGCGCCCAGUGCAAGAGCAGUUGCUGCCAGCACUCCACCAUCCUGGGGGUGGCCCGCUGCACGUACAAGGCCCGAGAGAACACCGAAUGCUCCCCCAAGACCAUCUAUGGGAUCUACUACAAAUGUCCCUGUGAGCGCGGCCUGACUUGUGAGGGAGACAGGAGCAUCAUCGGCGCCAUCACCAACACCAACUAUGGCAUCUGUCUCGACGUCGGACGCUCCAAGGAGUCCAAUGAGUGA